AUGGCGCUCACUGGUUCAAAUCUACCUGAAUCGUAUCUAGGAAAGGACCUAGACGAGGCGGUCACUAUGACCAAAGCGCUUGUGCUCAACGUGAAGAAGAUCCUUACGGUGAUGCAAGCCGUGGAAAAGAGCACAGCGCCCGGCAAGUUGAAGAAGAAGGCAGGCCUUGAGAACGAGCUCUCCGUUUACCGUGCCUCGUACCUCGAGGCCAAGGCUCGGAUUGAAAAGGCUAUCGGAAAGCUAUCGGACAAAGAAAGACAAAUGCUUGUCGAGGUCUACAAAGAGGACUUUACCUUCUGCAGACUCGCGAUUGAGGGAAUAUCCGAGGAUGUAAACCUCCCAAAUGUCAUGAACACAAUCCUAGGACGAAAUUUAGACGCCGCGAUCAAGAUGGUCAAGGACAUUAUGGAGAAGGCCAAGGCAAUCGAUCCAAUUCGAAAUACUCCUGCGGCAGCUAUGGAGACACCACACACCGGAGAUGACCAGCUAGCUGUGGCACGUACCGCAUACCUUCGAGCUAAGCGCACGCUCGAGGAGGCUAUCAGCGAACUCUCGGAGGGAGAAAAGAAAGUACUGAUGCGGGUCUACAGCAACGACUUGACCUCUUGCCAAGUUGACGUCGAUUGA